CGACCUUAGUUUAGUACGGGAUUGGGUUACUGUUUUACGUUUUUGUUUAUUGUUAAAAAUAUAGUGAAAAUAUAUAUUUAUAUGAGUGCUGUUAUUAAAUUAAUCCUCGUUUCUUUUUAUCCUGUUACAUCUGCAAAAUGUUUUUGUGUUAAAAUUUAAAAUGUGUAGUGUUUAUGUUUUGAGUACCAAAAUAACAUUCGGAUUUUUAACAGAAAGGAGGAAUAGGUGCUAUAAAAAGUGCGGGAUUGACACAACAAAACCUAGUGGACAAUCAACUUUGGGCUAACAAUGAGGCUACUAUUUUCUAAUAGUUUCAAAACUUGGACCACCGUAGCCUAUAUGAACCGGGGCCUUAUCACUGGCCUCUUGUCAACAUGAGUGAACGAAGUGAAAGAAGUAAGUUCCUUGGUAAACAGAAACAACGUUUCCAUGAAGCCAGUUUUGACCAUAAGUCGCCCAGGCCGCCAGUGCCUGGAGAAGAAAGAAGCCAUUUUAUGUCUGACUGGGACCCCUCGCCCUCACAGAUUGACUGGAUUAAACACAAGUCUUCCUCACCACCGCCUAGGAAAUUCUAUAAUACAAAUGAGUCACCCCCAGCCCCAUGCGGAUAUGAACCCGAAGGCAGUUGCCGCUCCAAUUCUCGUUCCUCUUCCAAAAACGGCACUUCCUCCGACAACUCUCCACCACCCGCAUGUCUCAAAUGGGCCAAUUCCUUGCACGCGUUGCUGCAGGAUCCCGACGGAGUUAAACUCUUCCAUCUGUACCUCGAAUCGGAAGGCCAGCACCAUGCCGACGCCUUGGACUUCUGGUUCGCAUGUGAAGGGCUUCGGAAACAGACUGCUAGAGAAAAAAUACAUCAGUUGGUUAAAGUUAUUUAUAAGAAAUUUUUCGUUAAAUCCGCUCUUCCAAUUGACGACGAGUUGAGGAAAGAGAUAGGAAAAAAUAUUAAAUCUUCCCAGUGCCUUGAGCCUCCCGUGAUGUUGUUCGAUAAAGCACAGGCCAUUGUUGAAAAGCUUAUCGAUGAAACAACUUACCCCAACUUCCUUAAAAGUGAUAUGUACCUGCAAUAUUUAGAGAAUAUUCAAAAUCUUAGUAGCAGUAGUAGCGAUUUUGGUAACGAAUUUUCCAAUUUGGCAAAUGGACCUGAUCCACUACCAACAUUACAUGAAGAUAUGGAACUGAUUAUGAAUCCUCCUGUACAUUUAAGUCAUGUAUCUGGUACCGCUAGUGUAAGUACGGGUUACCACACUCCAAAUAUUACUGUUGGUGCUCCACCUGUCCGCCUUACGAAAGAUCUUUUACUAAUAUCUCAGAAACACAGAGCAGUGGAUUCUAGGACGAAGUCUGAAACAUUUGCUAGUAUGAUCAUGAACCGUGGAUUGAGUGGAUCUGGAGCUCACGCAGCCUAUAAUUCCUAUAACCCUGUCUCAAGGCAAGAUAGCGAACUGCACUCUCUCAGUAGCCAUUCUGACGCUAGGACGGAAUCUGACAAUAUGUCAAUGACUGAUAGUUCAGUUGACGGUAGGUCAUCGAGACGGAAAGAAGUAUUAGAAGCUAGAAAAAUAAGAGAAUUGGCAGCCAGAAAUAAAGAAACACACAUGCAGCAGGUUUUUAUACCAAGAACACAAAGAGUAGAUACACGACAAUGCCGUGCUAUGGAUAUAAACACUUUUGCAGCUAUCCUAAUUGAAAAAUUGGGACCAAUUAAGCGAGAUCAGGAUCAACAGGAACUGCUAGAGAAGAAAUUGAAAGAGAAUGAAUGUAUGAGUUCAAAAAGUGAUAUUCAAUCUGCCAUUCGUGAACUAGAAAUGGGGGAUGAUAAUGAUCCAGAAGAUAUUCUUGAUCAACAUCUUUCAAGAGUUCUUUCUGAUCGUAAUUCUUGUCAAUCACCUGGUAUGGCUAGUCCUAGGCAAUUUUCACCACCACGAACAAGACUUGUUCAAAAUUCGUAUCCUCGUUCAAGAAGGAAAGAGAAGGAGGGUUCCAUAUACAGUGUAGAUUCAGGAAAUGUCCACGAUUUCACUGAUAGUUCGGAACAUAAAAUGACGAUGGUAAAAUCGAAGAGUAUGCCAGAAUAUGCCGAUGAUAGAUUUGUAAGAGCUCCGUCAGGAAGAAGGGUGCCCAAGAAACCUCAAUCAGAACUCGCCGAUAGCGGGGUCUCGGUUGUGUCAGAUGCCGCUCCAAUGCCUAUAAAAGAGAAUCGUGUAUUAAACUGGCUGCUCGAGUCUGAUAAGAGUGGCCGAGGAACUAGUCACACUCACAGUGAAAUGUCUAUGAAACACCGUAGCCAUAGGACUAGCAGCGCCACCUCUCCGAGCGCGGGACGAAGAAGGAAAGGAUUCGGUUCCAGGUCCAGUUCGUUGGAGAGAAGUAGCGGAAGUGGAAUUUUGCCUGCGCAGCCUUUUAUUGCCGAUCCCAACAUGCCCCCUAUGCCCGUUCCUAACACUGCUCUGCAGCUGGAAGAAGCGAGGAGACGAUUGUUGGAAGAGGAUAUUCGAAAUAGACCCAAACAGAGGUCGCCUUCAAGUAGAUUUUUCUCAGAAAUGUCUCAUAGCAGUCAAUCGACGCUGAGAAAGUCUAUGAGAGGUUCUCGACAAGUCACUCUAGGUCAAGUUGGAUCUGAUGAAGUGACGACCGUUGUGUUCACUUUUUGCGAUGAGCAAUUUCCUUAUAGAACUAAGAUACCCGGCACUCAGAUUACCUUAAGGCAGUUCAAAGAGUAUCUUCCCAAGAAGGGAAAUUAUAGGUAUUUCUUCAAAACUAUAUGUGAAGAACUUGGCAACCAAGUUAUUCAAGAGGAAGUCAGUAAUGAUACAGAGGUAGUUCCAUUAUGGGAAGGUAAAAUAAUGGCCCAAGUGAAGCCAAUCGACUGAGUUUUUACGUUAUUUUCUAACGGUUACUAAAAAAACUAUUUACGAGUAAUAAAACCUUUUUUUUAACCCUCUAUUUACUUAUACGGAUUUUUUAAAUCUUUUUGCAAAUAAUUUAUUUUUCUUUGUUGUUGAAUGUUUUGAUUUUUUUAUUUAAAAGACAAAAUUUUGUAUUAUAUAUUCAUGAAUAUGCCACGUUAGUGUAACAUCACGUCAUCUUUUAAAUCAAAUUGGUCUUUCUAUCCCAUUGUACGCUUAUUUUGUAACUAUUUUUAUGUAUUUAUUUGACAUAUUUGAUUGUAAUAGUAUUUUUUUAAAAGAAAAACAAAUAUUCUGUUAGUGAAAACGUUAGUUAUAUUUUAAACUAACGAAGGGUCAUCUUUUUGAUUUCUCUGUAUCUCCCCUUUGAACUUGCAAAAUAAUUUUCAUAAAUUUUUAUUUAAUGCCUUAUUUUAACUUUUAAACGUCUUUUUCUUCAAUCUUCCUGAUAGGCAUAAUUCCUGUUCAAUCUUCGGUAACUUCUAAACAGUCAUGCCAGCGUUUUUUUUUGUUUUUUUUCAAUCUCUGCCAGUCAGGCAGAGAUUUUUGCAAUCUUGAAGUGUGCAACAGAAAACAACUUGAGGGCCUUCGAACUGCAGCGGAUUAACAUAUGCACACAUAGCCAAGCAAAGCAGCCAUUGGGGCUCUUAUAAGCCCUAAGGUGAGCUCUAGGCUGAUGUGGGAAUGUCGACACGAAUUCAACAGACUGGCGCAACAUAACAAUGUUGGUAUGGGUUCCGGGUCAUCGGAGUAUUUACGGUAACGAAAGAGCUGAUGCACUUACCAGGAGAGCAUCAGCUACAAAAUACCUGGGUCCAGAGCCGGCCGUGGAAGUGCUAAAACGCACCGUCCGCGAAUGUAAAAAAGCCUGGAUCCUACCAACUCGCACUGGGAGGGUGUACAUGGUCAAACACAUGGCAAUAUGUAUAUUGGACGGUUAUGUGCUAGUAGAGCUGAAUGAUUGCUGCAAACAAGCAGAGUCAUAACAGGUUUCCUUCAUAUCAUUGGAAACAGUUAACCAUAUCUUGCAUGACUGCGAGGCAUUGGAUCGAAGGGGCAAACUGUUCCAGUGUUCCCGUUCAUCAAAAUUUGUCCGACUAGACUCCGUUAAGCUAUUAACAAAUUUUCAGCUUGCUAUUAAUCAACUUUUUUUUGUUUUGGUACGUGGGACCUAGUAUUGUUACAUACAAAAACUACAUCUUCUUCUUGUAAUAGGAGUAUGUUCUGUUUCUUCUGUUACAGUCUCUGCUGCGAUCCGGAGCUCCAACUCUCGUACCAUCGUUUUUUUGGUCUUCCUAUGGGUCGCUUGGUGUUGGGCUUCUGUGUCUUCGCCCAUUGCGCGAUACGUUCAGUGUCCAUCCGAUCUACGUGGUCUCUUCACAUGCGUCGUCGUGCUCUUGUUCAUCUCACUACGUCUUGAACCCCUAGCUCUCUCAAUCUGUCUUCAUUUCGUAUUCUAUCUCUGAGUGUGAUACCUCUUAUGGAUCUUAAGGUUUUCAUCUCUGUUGUUCUCAUUAUCUGUUUGGUCUUUGCUGACUCGGCCCUUGUCUCAGCUGCGUAUGUCAGUACGGGCCUUAACACAUGUCUUAUAAAUGCGGACUUUGCUUUCGGUGCUCAUAUCUUUAUUCCGCCAGAUUAUGUCCCUCAGGAAACCAGAUAUUCUCGCUGCUUUCGCUGCUGUUUUGUUUCUUGCCACAGAUGCCUGUCGCUAGAUAUUUCCACACCAAAGUAUCUACAAUCCAUUACCUGUUCGAUUAUAUGGUCGUCCACUACUAAUUUACAUCUAAUUGGGUUCUUGGAUAUUACCAUCGAUUGGAUUUUCUCUGUGAAUAGUGUCAGAUUAUACUUUUCGGCGGUUAUUUUAAAUUUUUGUAGUAGGCGUUGUAAGUCAUCUUCAUUUUCGGCUAUUCAGAUUGCAUCAUCUGCGUAGCAAAGUAUUCUCAUGGUUCAGUUACCCAUUUUGUAUCCCUUAUUCAUUUUGUUAACACUGCCUAUAACUUCAUCCAUUAUUAAAUUAUAUAGGCAUGGACUGAGGCUGUCUCCUUGUCUAAUGCCGACAUUGAUUUUGAUUUCUUUCGUGAGCCUGUGUGUGGUUUUUAUUCGUGUUUUGUUGGAUCUAUUGAGCUCUUCGAUGAUGUUUCUAUACCUCUGACCUAUGUUUUUCUUUCCAAGUAUAGUGAGCACGUCCUUCAAUCGUACUCUGUCGAACGCCUGUUUCAGAUCUACAAAGCAUGUGAACAUGGGUCAAUCGUACUCUGUCGAAUGCCUGUUUCACAUCUACAAAGCAUGUGAACAUGGGUCAAUCGUACUCUGUCGAAUGCCUGUUUCAGAUCUACAAAGCAUGUGAACAUGGGCUUGUCGAAUUCUCAACUAAUUGUCGCAUGAUGAAAAUAGCGUCUAUUGUGGAUCUGUUUGGGCGGAAACCCUGUUGUUCUUCCGAUACACCGACUUUCUUGUAUAUUUUUUGGGAUAGGAUAUUUGGGUAAACAACAUGACAGUACCAAAGGAAUGGACAGAGAGUAUAACAAUACCCAUCUACAAGAAAGGCGUAAAGACAGAGCCUACGAACUACCGAGGAAUUACACUACUCAAUUCUACAUCAAAACUAUUGACAAAAAGUCAUAUCCCAAAAAACUACAUGUAUUGCGAAAUUUGGAAGACAGAAAACGCAACUGUUAUUUUAAAUCUUUGGCUGAUCGUAGACCUUCUUAUAUUAUUUAGUUUAUUUAAAGAUCGAUUUUACGUCAUGCUUCGUUAGGAUUCUGGUAGAAAGCUUUAGCUUUUGGUUCUCGUUGGUAUUUAUGGAUAGACGUUGGACUAUAAUGGAUAAACUAUAAUGGAUAGAUGUUGGAUUAUGUGAUAGACUCUUUUUCGACGUUCAUUUCGUUUGAUGUACUUGUAGUAUAUGCUUUAUGUCCCAAUGCGUUUUUAUUGAUUUUUCAGCUUUUCUCUGAACUAUUUUACUUCGCUCAUUUCUUUUUCUUUGUAAGAAUGAUGUUAUUGCAAUAUAUUAUCAAAAAUAAAUUCACAAAAAGAAUUUUCUUUAAAACUGCACUGAAAUUUGAAUUGCAUAGUGACGUUACUCAAAAAUGGCGUAUUACGUAAUUCAGGCGUGUCGAAAUAGCACUAAGCUACAAUGGGAAUAUUCAAAUUUAAAUUGUGUAAUUUUUAUACAAAGUUUUCCCUUGCUUAUAAAUAAUUUCUUGAGAUGUUUCAUACGAUAUAUCGCUUUGUUUAAUAUCGUAUUGAAAUACUGUUGGUGUACAGUGCAACUUGCAUUACAUUACAAUGGAAUUGCCAUUUUUAAAUAAAAAACAAUUAUUUUAAGAGAACACUUUUUUUAAACAAUGCAAAUAAAAAUAAAAAAAAUUGCAAUGAAUGAGCAAAAAAGUUCACGUAUCUCUUCAAGGGCGCGAAUCCUGGUGACGUCAUAUCAUAAUAUUUUGUAAUGACAUUUUUCCUGCCUCAUAUAAUUAUAUACCAUUUUGUUUAUGCUUUUUCUCAUGAGGAUCUUUCAGUGCGUCACAGUUUUUCGAUUUCUUUCAAACGCAUUAAAUUGUAUGUGACAGAAAAAAACGCACGUCGGUGAUUACAUUUCGUCGGUGACAUUUAUAACAUUUAUUCUAGUUGUCAAUAGAUGGCGGUAUAAUCGAAAAAAAAUUAUUUACUAAUUAUAUAAUAUAUCUACGAAUAUAAUCUGUACAAUUUAUAAGAUUAUACAAAUCAAAGAAAAUACCAUUUUAUAAAUGCAAAAACUCAAUUGAUUUGUUUUUAUGCCAAAUUGCAAAUAAAAUGUGACAACUGUCAGAUGGAACUAAAAUGUCAUGUUAGAAUAAAUGUCAUAAAUGUUUAUUAUCACGGACUUACCUUUUUUUCUAUCAUUUGUGACGCACUGAAAAAUGCUCAUGAAAAGAAGCAUACGUUGGAGUUUAAUACAGUUUUUGAAGAGAUAUUAUUGAAUUGUGCGUGUGUCUAUUUCUUUAUUCCACCAUUCAUUUUUAGUUAUUUUUUCAAAAUAAAAAAAAAAGAUUUGGUAAAUGAUGAAGUAAAAAGUGGCCAAUCUUAUUUUCAAAAACACUUGUUUGUUUAAGAGUUAUGAGUUGACAUCGAUUAAUUGCUAUAGUUUUUGUUCUCAUGUACAAAAACUACAUUCAGUUUAUUCUAAAGUUUGUAUGUUUAAAAAAUGUUUUCUUUUAAAGUGAAUUCUGACAGUAAUCCAUACUCUGUAUCAGUGAAUAUAUUAUACUGCCAAUGAUUCUUGAAGAUAGUGCGAAAAAAUGCGGUCUAUUUAAAAUUACUAUAUCUGCCUAACAUUGAAACACCCAAUAGUCAUAAGUGUAUAUUAUUUUCUAGAAGGAAAAUAAAUUACUGAACCAAUCAUUUUUGUAAAUAUGCGAGUCUCAAACAUAAUAAUAUAAUAAAUUGUGUGAAAUUAUCGAUUCUUUCUGAGAAAAGUACAACAAAAAACUUUAAGUAAGUGUCUUCAAAUAUGCAAAAAUAGUUGUAUACAUCUUACUCAAUUAAAUCGAAAUUUUGUACAUGGUAUUGAUGUUUUUAUUUGUAUUGAUAAAUAAAUGAAAUUGGGUAACAUGAAAGAUUCAUAUUGUGUUUUUUUAAUAUUCAUGCUUUUUGAUUAAAUUAUAUCAAUUAGGGGUGAUUCCAUGAUCCAAGUUUUUAUAUUUUGACAAGCUUGAGAAUGAGCAGUUUAUAGGAAAAGCUAGCGACUUUCCAUUUGAUUUUCAGUAAGAUUUUUUCAUAUCGAUAUCAGCAGUGAUAAUUUUAACCCAGGACAUUUUUAACCCAGGUCAUUCCAACAUGCUGUCAAAAUUAAAUCAAUAUGGCGGCUUGGAGGCAAACAUAAAUGUUAUUCUUUUAGUUCUUAAUGUGUUUUAGAUAAUUUUAGUUACGUUUUUGUGUAAUUUUGUUUUGUACAAGGAUUAGUUUUUUUCACGGAAAGAAUUAAUUUAAAAACAUAAUAUGCCUCAUUUCUGUUGUGUAUUGAACUGUGAAAUGCGAAGCAAUAGUGAUAAAGUUCAGUUUUAUCGGUUACCAUCAGUGCUACAUUUUAAGCAUACAACUAAACUAAAUAAGUUAUCAUCUGAGAGACAAAAACAAUAGUUAAAUGAUAAAAAGUGUCCUAUAAAAAUGCUAAAUAACUUUAAAGGUAAAAAACUUAAGAAACACAAUGUGGUACAAAUAUAAAUAAAUACAAUGUUUUUCUCCCAGCGGUGUCAUAAACGCCAUAGUCUUGGAAUGCCCUAUAGGCAUUAGGGUACUUAUGUAACCUCUAAAUUAAUUUUCAUGCCGUUUUAAGUAACUGGGUAAAAAAAAUGAUCAACAAACGAAUUGCAUGUAUUCACUAGCGCAAUACCAUCUUGAAUAAAAUAUCUUUUAUAUGUGAGUAAUAGAACUCGAGGUUGGAUUGAAUAAAUUAAUAUGCAAUUAAAAUAAAGAAAAAAAUAUUGAAUCCCAAUAUGCUUUAUAAUCAAUACAAAUAAAAAUAUCUACUUAUUGUUUUAAAGGUUCAACAUUUUCCUUCUAGAAAAACGGUUUUCUUAAAAUUAGUGUUUUAUUUUCUGUAAAAAGGUAGCGUUAAAAGUUCUGAAUAUAAUUUAUUUAUUGUUAUUUUUAAGAAAUAGUAAUAUUUUUUUAAUUGUUACAAUUUAAAAGCAACAGAUUUUUGUAAAAUAGACUUUUGUAAUUAGUACAUAGAUAGUAGAAAGUACUAUAAAAAAUGGCAAUAAAGGCUAUAAAAGAAUAUUAGUAGGUGCAUAUAUUAAGUGCCUUCAGAUUUCUCUGUUCACUUUGUCGGAAAAGUAUCAGGAAAAUAACAUUUACGAAUGCUUUCAUGGAAAACAUAAACGAAAAUUUUUUGUAGAAGAAAUACAUCACUGUAUAAUACGAACAAACAGUUUAACCUUACUUCAUGGGCAAAAGGGCAUUCUAUGGUAAAAAAAACCCAAGGUUUAUAUAAAAUCAGUUGGAAUUUGAUCUGAAUAUAGUUAUAGGCCAAUAAACGUUUAUAUCUGCCCUGCUUAUUAAAAACAUUCGAUCUACAAUUUUCGUUUUUUCUUGAUAGGGUUAUAUUCCACUAUAAUCAGGGCAGAUUAUCGGAGAAUAGGCCAUUUUUGGGAAUAGUUAUUUACCAGCAAUUUUAUUGCUGGAAUCGAAUCUUAUGAUUGUAUAUAUUGAUAGUAUAGGUAUGCAACGUCCGCAGAUAGUGUGCUACUUUUUUUAUAAACAAAAUGGCGCCCGAAAAUUGUGUUUUUUUUCAAUUUUUGCUCUAUAACUCCAAAGAUUUUAACUUCACACCAAAAACACUUAAAUAAAAAUUCACCGUAAUUAAAUUCUGCAUAGAGACGUGUUUUUCCCGAUUUACUUCGACGAAAAUUUUCCCCGGAAAAUGCGGGUUUUUUCAACAAAAUCUUUCAUUUUCAACUAAAAUUUUAGAUAAGUAAUUUUUUAUCAAUAAUUAAAUAACUUGGCAAUAUAAAAGCUCUUUUCGUAUAGAUUAUAAUUCCAGAAGCCGAUGGAAAUUGAAUGAACAGUUCAGCAACAAUUGAAUUGUUAAUUAAAAAUUUACGGUCGCUAUAAUACCCACAAUAAUUAUGAUACAUGAAAAUAACUAUGAUUUUUGUAUAAAAGGACACUGUACCUAUCUAAUGUACUUUACAGAAUUGAAAUUGAACUAUUUAAACGGCCUCAGGAAUAUUUUAAAAUUAUAAACAAUUUUUUGGCUUAUAAACAAAUAGAAUAUCUCGGGAAAUAUUAAAUUAAAUUAAAUCAUGAAAACGGUAUUGGAAAAAAAGCGGUAGGACGCUUUUUCUAACAGAAAAAACGUUUAAUUGUGAUGAGUGGUUCCUGAGAUACAAGCGGUCAAAGUUGACCGGCAUUUACGGCAAAGAUAUAAACAAUAGGAUCAUAAUUUUCGAACAUUUUUAUUUUUGUCCUCUUUCUCCGCACCAAUUUUCAUAUCUUUAAACUACUCAUAACAUAUUAUUAUAAUAAAAACUAUCGAUAGGUAUUAAUAAAGAAAAGUGCCAAAAAUAGCAAAAUUCCAAUAAAAAAUUAGGUUGAAGAAAAUGUAAUCUCAAAGUUCAAAAUCGGUAUACGUUAAAAAAAUGCAUUUUCUCGGCUUCCCGUCGAGCAAUUUUCUUCAUUCUUUUUUUUGUUCCCAAGUAACUCCAGUAGAGCCAUAUAACUAACGCAUUAUUAAAUGUCAAACUUGCUUUUGUUUUGUUAUAAUAGAUUAAUUUAUUGAUUAUAACAAAAAUUUUUAAUUUGUUUAAAUAAAGAUUGUUUAAAUAAUUAUACAGCUUUCAAAUGAGAAUAUUUGUGUUUUUAACGGUAAAAGGUACACUUGUAGUGAGUUUACCAAAAAAAGUCUACAACUGGAAAAAUAUGUAGUUUUCUUUUCUUAUAAAUAAAUUAAUAUAUUAUAACAAAACAAAAGCAAGUUUGACAUUUAAUAAUGUGUUAGUUAGAUGGCACUACUCGAGUUACUUGGGAACAAAAAAAUAAUGAAGAAAAUUGCUCCAUGGGAAGCCGGGAAAAUGCAUUUUUUUAACGUAUAAGGAUUUCGAACUUUGAGAUUACAUUUUCCCCAAGCUAAUUUUUGAUUGAAAUUUUGCUAUUUUUGGCAAUUUUCACUCGUAAUAUCGAUAGUGUUUAUUAUAAUAAUAUAUGUUAUGAGCAUUUUAAAGAUAUGAAAAUUGGUGUGGAGAAAGAGGACAAAACUAUAAAGGUGAUAGUUCGAAAAUUAUGAUCCUAUUGUUUAUAUCUUUGCCGUAAAUGCCGGUCAACUUUGACCGGUUGUAUCUCAGGAACCACUCAUCACAAUUAAACGUUUUUUCUUUUAAAAGAAGCGCCCUGCCGUUUUUUCCAAUACCGUUUUCAAUACCAAUGGAUCCAAUACGGAUCCAUUAACCGCCACCGAUUGGAUCGCCGAAGAUUGAGGUCGCCCGGUGCGGCGCUGACCCUCGGCGAUCCAAUCGGUGGUAGUUUAUAAUUUAUAAUAUGUAGAGGUGCGCAUGCCGUAUGCACACGUGGCACCAACGUAAUGGAUACGUACCUUAAUACUGCCAGUAUUAAAGACACAUGUAUAAAGAAACCAGCAAAGGAAGUAGUCAGCCCAUGUUUCUUUGUGAAUAUGUUUCGUUUUUAUUAGUUCGUUAAUAUCUUUUCUUUGUCUUCUAAAUCGAAAAAAUCUAAAAAGUUACCGAUAUUUGGACAUCUGAUGACUUCCCAAAAAAGGUGCAAGAAGAAAGAAAAAUACUGCUACCAUAUCUCAGAGAAGCAAGAGAAAACGGAAAACGAGCAUAUCUCAGACAAACUAAAUUAAUUAUAAAUGACAAGAGCUAUACAGUGGAAAACUUUAAUGAAGAAGAACAAGAACAAAAAGAAAAAUACUACAAACGCUCUACAAGUGAACGAUCCCCAGAGAGUGAUAGGCUAAAUGAACAACAAAGGAAAUUUACUAAAACAGAUCCAAAAAACUAGCAAGUGAUGGUCAAAGAAUGGAUGUACAGGAUAAUGGCCAGGCGUGGAUACGGAAAACGAAUAAGAGAGCACCGAAAAGUAAUAGAAAUAGGAAAUUGAGAGGUAUAAUAAAUAUAGGAACGUGGAAUAUAAAAACUAUGCUAGCCAUGAGCAAAAUGGAAGAAGUAGCAAAAGAAAUGAGUGAUUAUAAUAUAGACAUAAUAGCAUUGCAAGAAUUAACAUGGAAGGAAGAAGGCAGGAUCGACAAACAAAAUUACACAAUGUACUACUGAGGGGAAAAUACACAAGGUAGAAAUGGUACAGGCUUCAUGAUAAGUAGAACAUGGAGAGAAUAUGUAUUAGAAUUUAAAAAAGUAAAUGGAAGAAUAUCUUAUUUAAGGAUAAAUAAUAGAGCUGCUAAUAUCUCAAUGAUAAAUAUCUAUGCACCCACAGAACAAGCCGAUGAUCAAGAGAAGGAUGAUUUUUAUGAAGCCCUAGAAAGUCUCUGUGAGGGAAUUAAAAAUCAUGACACACUUAUAAUUCUAGGAGACUUCAAUGCAAAGAUGGGUAAAGAGGAGAUUGGAGAUCGGUAGCAGGGAAAGAAACAGCACAUGACACAACAAAUGAAAAUGGACAAGAAUGGGCAAUCUAGCAACAGAUAUGAAUAUGUUUGUAGCAAGUACUAAAUUUAGGCACAAGCUAGAGCAUAAAAUAACACGGCUUAUUCCAGGAAGAAAUACAGGAAACCAAAUUGACCAUUUCCUAAUAAAUAAAAAGAGAAUAAGAAUGAUUCAAGAUGUAAGGUCAUAUCGAGGCGCGGAUGUGGGAUCUGAUCACUUCCUUGUAAUAGCAAAACUUAGCUAAGAAUGAUAGAUAUGGAGAAAAAAGAAAACAAAAGGAAAAGAUGGAGAAUAGAAGAGUUAAAAACAAAAAAACGGCAAUAUCAACAAGAAAUGGAAAAAAACUAUUGGAAAAUAUAGAACAUGAAAACAUUGAAACAGACUGGGAAAAUAUACGAAGAA